CACUGUACAAAUUAUAACGAGAACCUAAACGCCGUCGCCCUGGAGAACAAAAUUAUUAAAUUUGACAAACCUAUCUAUAUAGGAUUUGCGGUGCUGGACAUAAGUAAGACGUUGAUGUACGACUAUCAUUACAACGUUAUGAAGAAACAUUAUAAAGAUAAAAUCAAGCUAAUGUACACUGACACAGAUUCACUAGUGUAUCAUAUCAAUACCGAUGAUUUCUACAAAGACUUGAUUGAGAAUCCCAACUUGAUGGAUAGAUUAGACACGGCGGACUUGCCUCCUAUCCAUCCGUGCUACACUACAGCUAGGAAGAAGGUGCCCGGGUUUUUCUCUGAUGAAGCAAAAGGACAUAUAAUGACAGAGUUUUGUGCACUACGUGCAAAAUCAUACGCGUACAACAUAUGUACAGGAGAAGAGGAUGUGGUGAGAGAGCAGAUCAAGGCAAAGGGUAUCAGACCUCAUGUGGUUAAAAACCACAUGACUCUUGAAGAUCAUGUUAAGUGUUUGUUUGGAGAAGCUGGCGUGGAGGCGUAUAAGGAGAACGUAUCAAUACGUUCAUUCAACCAUCAGCUAGUAACGAUAAAGACCAUGAAGCUGACCUAUAACAGUUAUGAUGACAAAAGAGUGGUACUAGAUGAUAAAAUACAUACACUGGCUCACGGUCACUAUUCUAUAGAGGAAAGUGAGGACGAUGAAUGACCAAACCAGUGGCCAGUGGCAUCAUGAAUCAGAAAAAGAUUUGAUGAGAUCGCUUCUACGGGAA